AUGGCGCUCCCCUACAGCUAUGUUCCCUUGCCGCCUGGAUCCUUCCGCCUUCUUCGUCUAACGUCGAAGUCACCGGGCACGACUCCCGAUUGCGAACUCGCGACGUUCCCGCUCUCCGAGGCGCCCGAGUACAACGCUCUCAGCUAUUGCUGGGAGACUAUGACGAGAGACUCGCCGAUAAAAUGCAAUGGGAAGGAAAUGGUGAUCACAUUCGUGCUGGAAGAAGCUCUACGGAGCCUGGCCGUGCUCGACCGCGGGGACGUGGAAUGGCUGUGGAUCGACCAGGUCUGCAUCAACCAGAGCGACGACCAAGAGCGAGGUACGCAGGUCGACAUGAUGAGAGAUAUAUACAAGAUAUCCGCGGGGACAAUUAUUUGGCUUGGGGGCGACAUUCCCAACCUUGCAGCUGGCGCACAGCUCAUGGAUAGACUAUCCCAGCUCUACAAGCAAGAUCUCAGCCCCAACGGCGGCCGGAAGCGUCGCCGGUAUACAAUGGACGAGUACCGGUCGAUAGGUCUCCCGCGCCCCGCAGAUAUCUCUUGGGAGGCUCUUAGACGCGUGCUCAUCCGUCCAUGGUUCGUCCGAAGCUGGGUUAUUCAAGAGGCCGCUCUCUCUAGGACCAGCCCUCGAGUAAAAAACAUCUUACCGACUCUGAGGUCACUGAAACUGUUCAACGAGCUAAUCCACGUGGGAUUACCGUGGGAUACGGCAACUCUACUCAACAAGGCGAUCCGGUUCAAGGCUUCGGACCCGCGCGACCGUAUCUACUCUCUCGUUGCCUUGACCGGCGAAGCACAGGAGUCUCACGCACUGCCAGCAGUAUUUCGAGCAGAUUACGGCAGGCCGGUUCGAGACGUCUUUCGUGAUGUGACUCGGCACAUAAUAGCAUCUUCGGGGAAGCUCACUAUCCUUACGAUGAUACGGUAUGUUCCCAACUGGGAUCAGUUUCCAUCUUGGGUCGUCGAUUUUGCUGGAGGCGCGCGCUGGGAACGGCUGUCGUACUUUACUUGGGGCAGUGAUUCAAAAGGCCUGAAUUGCGUCACAGAGCUUAGUGACAAGGCUUCCGGUGAUGUCCCGCUUGACAUCCAUCAUCUUGGAUCAGGUGAUAUCCUAACUUUGCAGGGACUUCGGAUAGACGCUCUAAACUUAAUCUAUGGACCAGCGUCAGGCAUUCACACCUACGGAAUCGAUUCCGAUCUGCUAGAGGUGUGGAAGAUCGCAAAUCAGAUCCUGGGCGCUCGGUGUACCUCGGUCGAGGAACUGGCUCGGACUGUGAUGAUAACACUGUCUGCGAACUGGAACCUUGAUAACGAGGUACAGAUAGCAGACCAGCCCCUAAGCCACUUUUGGGCAUACCUGUGGAAUGUCUAUGACAUUUCACUGGCUCAGGCAGAUCUGGAAGAGAACCGCAAAAAAAGGGCAGAUAUUGAGAAGGCAUAUCUCAAUAUCCUCCCCGUUCCGCGUCCAGAUGUUGCGGACGAGACCAGCCUUUUUCGGCACCAUCUGGAUGCUGCUGGGGGACGGAGGGUGUUCUUUACUAAAGCCUUGUUGGAGAUUGGUCUUGGACCAUGUUUCAUGGAGGUUGGUGAUGUUCUGUGCGUACUGUUUGGAGCAGCGACUCCUAUUAUACUGCGCCCGGAUGGAUCAAACUACCGGUUUGUUGGCGAGUGUUAUGUCCACUCCCUAAUGAAGGGCGAGGCUGUUGAUGAUUGGCAGAAGGGAACGAGUCCAGCAGAGACAUUUACCAUUAUAUAG